AUGUUCUUCGUCCUGAACCUGACCCACCAGGUCACCCUGCACCCUUCAUACUUCGGCCGAAAUAUGCACGAGUUGGUUACAGGGAAGCUGUUGAAGGACGUUGAGGGUACAUGCACAGGUCGCUACUUUAUUAUCACAAUAAUGGACACGGUCAAUAUCUCCGAAGGACGGAUUCUGCCUGGAAAUGGAUUGGCCGAGUUCACCGUUAGCUAUCGCGCAGUGGUGUGGAGGCCGUUCAAAGGCGAGACUGUUGAUGCCAUUGUAACCUCUGUCAACCAGGUCGGCUUCUUCGCAGAUGCUGGUCCUCUCCCACUCUUCGUUUCAUCUCAUUUAAUCCCUCCCGAUAUCAGAUUUGAUACCAACGCGACGCCGCCUCAAUGGACGAACAACGAGGACUCUGUUAUCGAGGUCGGAACUCAUGUGCGCGUGAAGCUGAUUGGCACUAGAGCAGAAGUAGGAGGCAUGUACGCCAUUGCUAGUAUCAAGGAGGACUAUCUCGGAUGUUUGCAAGCCGCGUCAUGA